AUGUUCGUUCAGCAUCGCAACAGCAACUGGUCCGGCGCGGGGUCCGUUCUGAAAAGAAACCGUCCCAGUCUGACAGAUCUAGGCCUCGCUGAAGAGCCAUUACUGUCAGAUGGCUCAGCUAUGAAGAUGGCCAGGCACACAUACUCGGCUGCUCCCUGUCCAGACAUUCUUUUUUCGUCUGAUUACAAUGGUGAAGCCGUAGAUGAAUCCGUGUUGUUGGGCGCGUUCUCUACCUCAGAUCUCACGGUGCCAACAGCGAACCACAUUGAAGAGACACCCAACACUGCACCAUUAGAGAAAGAUGAAAACAGGUCCCUGGCGGCGCUUGAACUUGAUGUCGACAUCGACGAUAAUCUGGCGUGCUGUGCUCUCCCUCCACUUAUGGACCUGGAAACUCCAAUUACCACCCCAAAUUCAACACCAAGGCGAAAUUACAAUGUAAGCAACUCCUCAUCCUCCCAGUUGCAAUGGACCGGAGGAAGAAAAGCAGGCCAUUCGAAUCACGUUCCACAUGCUUGCUGCUUUGCACUCGCUCAACAGACGCUUAAGUUGCUGCAUAUCCCAUCGACAGCAUGCAUAUCUACUGUGGAAAAGGCUGUGUCGCCCGUUGGUAGACUGAAACAGAAUGGACCGCGUCUGACUGGCUCUGCCUUGACCAAAAACACUGAAGCAAUACGAUCUUUGUCCAGAAUAAUUCACUGCUCCUGCUCGUCUAAACCUCAGCUUCAAUUGGUCGUCACCACAAUCUGCAACAAACUUAUAAAAUGGUACCGUGCUCUAGUUCGCAGCGAGCAGAACCAGAAUCAUUCUCAUGAGUCUAGUCGGCCGCCAUCAUCAUCCCAAAACAGAUCAAGAGGAGACAGUAAGGAGCCACCUAGAGAAAAAGUGCUGCGUCAAACUGUUACUAUUGGAACCUAUGCGUUAGAUGACCCAAUUGGUACCCAGACCAUGGUUAACUUGGUAUUGGCACACUUACAAGAGCUUGGUUCUUUGAUUGCUAUCUUCUCCCAACGCAUCAACGAUUCGAAUUCGAAACCAAUAUUAGCAACACAUCUUGGAGAGCCGUCGCCCCCGAUGUCAGAGGACGACGACCCCAUGGCUUUAGUUAGAGACCGAUUAGUGAACUAUCUGGCUCAUCAGUUACAGAAGGUUCGAGGAGAGGCAACGCGCUUGGCGAAUGGUCGACAUUCUGGGUUCAUGACUGCCCCCAUCAGCGUAGGCUGUGGUGGUUAGAAAUUCCAAAGACGAUUUUAUUUUCUUUUUGUUUUUCUUAUGUUCCUCAUAAAUCGUUCAUUCUUAAGUCCUGAGACGGGU